GGGCCUCAGAGUUCCGCUUGGCACUGGUUCAGCUGUUGGUCUCCCCGCUAAAGGCCGACAAUCUCUGCCGAGCGAGAUCCCUGGUGAAGGAGGCAGCACAGAAGGGGGCAAGUAUGGUGGCACUUCCUGAAUGUUUCAACUCCCCGUACGGAACAAAGUAUUUCCCAGAAUACGCAGAAAAGAUCCCAGGGGAAUCUACCCAAAUGCUAUCCGAGGUAGCAAAGGAGUGUGGGAUUUAUCUUAUUGGAGGAUCCAUACCAGAGGAGGAGAAUGGAAUGUUCUACAACACGUGUACAGUGUUUGCACCUGACGGAUCCAUGAUGCUAAAGCACAGAAAGAUCCACUUGUUCGACAUCGAUGUUCCUGGCAAAAUCCGCUUCCAGGAAUCCGAGACGCUUUCUCCUGGCAACACGUUAUCCACUUUCGAUACACCUUAUUGCAAGGUGGGGAUUGGGAUCUGCUAUGACAUUCGGUUUGCGGAACUCGCACAGAUCUACACAAAAAAAGGAUGCCAGCUUCUCCUGUAUCCCGGAGCGUUCAACAUGACCACAGGACCAGCCCACUGGGAACUCCUGCAAAGAGCCAGGGCUGUUGAUAACCAGGUGUAUGUCGCUGGAGUAUCACCUGCGCGGGAUGAGAAAGCUUCCUAUGUCGCCUGGGGACACAGCACUGUGGUGAAUCCUUGGGGUGAAAUAGUAACUAAAGCUGGAUGUGAUGAGACCAUUAUCUAUGCAGAUGUCGAUUUGCAGUACCUUACAGCGGUUCGGCAGCAGAUACCAAUUCACUCACAGAAGCGCCACGAUCUCUACAGUGUGGAGGCUGUGCAGGAAUGAGCUCCACGGCCUCCAAACGCCAAAGUGCCACACAGUCUCACCUUAUAAAGACCAUUUUGCCUUAAAACUGAUGACCGGGCAGAAUUGUGAAAAAUUCAUGAAUUCAUUUCUAAUUUAAAAGCCAGUUUUCCAUCGUUCUUAAAAAGAACGGUCACUGGGAGCCGAGAAUCCUCCCACUCAGCUCCUGAGAACGCUGCAAACUAAAGCCUUAACGGGUAGUUUGGUCCGAGCUGGACAAGCAGCGGGAAAGCUCGCCAGAAAUCGAUAUCAAUGGCAAGCGAUGCGGUUUUAGCUGGUUGGACUCCAGCAGUACCCCAAUGGGCACCUCAAGCUUUGGCCCGUACCGACCUGCGCCUUGUAAGGGUUAAUUAAAUUUGUGACCCUGCGGUGAAGUAAGGACCCAAACAAAUUCUUCAGUCAAUUAAUAUUUCAGAAAUGCAUCUCAAAAGUUAUACGUUUCAUCAAAUGAAUGCUUAGUAAAGUUCACUGCAAUGGAUUGAGUGGAUUCAUAUUGAUGUCGGAAUCGGCUUGUUAAACAUGCAUCGAUCCACGUUGAUUGUAGUUUAUCCCGUUUUCCUCGAGAUUGGUUGUGAUCAGCUGCUCCAUUCUCUCUUCUCCGAUAUAACCCAAAAACUCUCUGUAUACCUGUUUGGUCACAUACGCCAGUCAGUUCAAUGUGUUGUUUGAAACACCAACUGCAAACCAAGGACUAAUGUUAUCAAAUUUUCAGCAGCUCGUUUCAAAACAAGUCUUUGUCCCACGGUGAAUUUGACGAAGAAAACUUUGUUCCAUAAACAUACUUCCACUGUCCUUGGCUUCCAUUGGCUUUCAAGCAUUUGCAUAUAUCGUCAGCUUUUACGAGGUAAACAGGUCCAUAAGUCUCCACGAUUUUUCUUUAGUCAACCCUUUGAUCAACUCAAGCAUUUCAGAAUUCUGGGAUUGCUUACAGCUUAAUACUUCCCGGAAUUAGGUCAACAGGAUGUGUCCUUCGAGGGAGAGUGUGCAUUCCAUUCCAACAAUCGUAUCUCGGGAAUUUUCACGUGUAGGUGGGAUGCAUGAAAAUCUCAGCUUGGUUUGAAUAUUCAUAAGUGUGGUGAUGGGUUUCCACAUUUUUUGGGGGUCAGCCGGCUGACCCCAAAAAAAGAAUUGGCUUCCACAUUAAGACUGAAUGUAAGAAUUUCCACAGUUCUGCACGUUAUUCAAUUUUAAAGCAAAAAAUGGUCGUUACAGGUUCAGCCUAGGUGAAACCUUAGACUUCAGUCCAGUCAUUCACUCAGAAACAGUACAUGGAAAAUAAAAUAAUUCUGACUGAAUAAAGUAUAGUUUUACCUCUUU